AUGGGGCAGCAGGUGGGCCGCGUCGGGGAGCCGGGCGCCGGGCUCCAGCACCAGCCGCCGCCUCAGCAGCAGCAGCAGCAGCAGCCGCGGGGACUGCGGGGGAGCAGCGCGGCCAAGCCGGCGGGCCGCCGGCGGGAGGCUGCCGGGCGCACCGCCGAGGGAGGCUUCAAUAUCUUCGCCCAGCACGAGGCCCUGCACCGCCCUUAUGGUUGUGAUGUUGAACCCCAGGCACUGAAUGAAGCCAUCAGAUGGAGCUCCAAGGAGAACCUACUUGGAGCCACUGAGAGCGAUCCCAAUCUCUUUGUUGCACUUUACGAUUUUGUAGCAAGCGGUGACAACACCCUCAGCAUCACCAAAGGUGAGAAGUUGCGAGUCCUGGGUUACAACCAGAAUGGUGAAUGGAGUGAGGUACGUUCAAAGAAUGGGCAGGGCUGGGUACCAAGCAACUACAUCACACCAGUGAACAGCCUGGAAAAGCAUUCAUGGUAUCAUGGACCAGUGUCACGCAGUGCAGCAGAGUAUCUGUUGAGCAGUCUCAUCAAUGGCAGCUUCCUGGUUCGUGAAAGCGAGAGCAGCCCAGGGCAGCUAUCCAUCUCGCUCAGGUACGAAGGACGUGUUUACCACUACAGGAUCAAUACCACCUCAGAUGGAAAGGUAUAUGUGACAGCAGAGAGCCGUUUCAGCACUCUAGCAGAGCUGGUGCACCAUCACUCAACAGUAGCAGAUGGACUGGUGACAACUUUGCAUUACCCAGCACCCAAGUGCAAUAAGCCCACUGUCUAUGGAGUGUCCCCCAUCCAUGACAAGUGGGAGAUGGAACGAACUGAUAUCACCAUGAAGCACAAACUUGGGGGAGGGCAGUAUGGUGAGGUGUACGUGGGUGUCUGGAAGAAAUAUAAUCUCACAGUUGCUGUGAAAACAUUAAAGGAAGAUACCAUGGAAGUGGAAGAGUUCUUGAAAGAAGCUGCUGUGAUGAAGGAGAUCAAGCACCCAAAUCUAGUGCAGUUGUUAGGUGUAUGUACCCUGGAGCCACCUUUUUACAUUGUGACAGAAUACAUGCCAUAUGGGAACCUGCUAGACUACUUACGGGAAUGCAACCGGGAGGAAGUGAGUGCUGUCGUGCUACUCUACAUGGCUACUCAGAUCUCUUCUGCUAUGGAGUACCUGGAGAAGAAGAAUUUCAUUCACAGGGAUCUGGCAGCACGGAACUGUUUAGUUGGAGAAAAUCAUGUGGUGAAGGUGGCUGACUUUGGCUUAAGUCGACUUAUGACUGGAGAUACCUACACAGCUCACGCUGGAGCCAAGUUCCCAAUCAAAUGGACAGCUCCUGAGAGCCUGGCCUAUAACACCUUUUCAAUCAAAUCAGAUGUGUGGGCUUUUGGGGUACUGUUAUGGGAGAUUGCUACCUAUGGGAUGUCACCAUACCCAGGCAUUGACCUCUCUCAGGUGUAUGAUCUGCUGGAAAAGGGCUAUCGGAUGGAACAACCAGAGGGGUGCCCUCCAAAGGUCUACGAACUGAUGAGGGCAUGCUGGAAGUGGAACCCACCAGACCGACCUUCCUUUGCUGAGACCCACCAGGCUUUUGAAACUAUGUUCCAUGACUCGAGCAUCUCAGAGGAGGUAGCAGAGGAGCUUGGAAGAACAGCCUCCUCCUCAUCCAUAGUUCCUUACUUGCCCCGGUUGCCCAUGCUUCCCUCCAAGACUAGAACACUGAAGAAACAGGCAGAGAACAAGGAGAACAUUGAGGGAACACAGGAUACUGUGGAGCACUCAGCUUCCAGCUCAGCACCAGGUUUUAUCAGAAGUACACAGGCAACAAGUGGGUCUCCUGCACUGCCUCGCAAGCAGAGGGACAAGUCACCCAGCAGCCUAUUGGAGGAUGCCAAAGAGACCACUUUCACCAGGGACAGAAAAGGUGGCUUCUUCAGCUCCUUUAUGAAGAAGAGGAAUGCUCCCACACCUCCUAAACGCAGCAGUUCCUUCCGGGAGAUGGAGAAUCAGCCACAUAAGAAAUAUGAGCUGACGGGUAACUUUUCAUCUGUUGCUUCCUUGCAGCAUGUGGAUGGAUUCUCUUUUGCUCCCACGCAGCAGGACGCAAGCCUAGCACCACCUAAGUGCUAUGGUGGGGGCUUUGUGCAGAGGAGCUUCUACAACGAUGAUGGCACUGGUACCAGCGGUGGUGGGGGUGUAAGCACCAGUGGUGGGUGGUCGGGCAUCACUGGUUUCUUUACACCACGCUUGAUUAAAAAGACACUUGGUUUACGAGCAGGAAAACCGACUGGCAAUGAAGAACCUUCAAAACCUUUUCCAAGGUCAAACUCUACAUCUUCCAUGUCCUCAGGGCUUCCAGAGCAGGAUAGGAUGGCAAUGACCCUUCCCAGAAAUUCCCAGAGGUCAAAACUCCAGCUGGAACGGACAGUGUCCACCUCCUCUCAGCCUGAUGAGAGCACGGGGAGGGGCAAUGACCUGCUUCCCAAAAGGUUUGAAGAAGGCCCUGCUUUGACCAGAGAGAGACCAAAAGCAAAACUCUUGCCAAGGGGUGCCACAGCACUCCCUUUCCGAAACCCCCCCGCAUCAGAAGACAAAGAGGGUCCAGGGCUAGCAGCAGCUCCUAAGGGCAAGGAAAAAAAUAGUGGCCCAUGGCAAGGGGCCCUUGAGGAUGGUGAAAGACCAGGGUGGUCAUCUCCAGUAAAGGCUGCAGCAAUACUUCCAACCACUCAUAACCACAAAGUGCCAGUCCUAAUCUCACCCACUCUAAAACACACUCCAGCAGAUGUGCAGCUCAUUGGCACAGACUCUCAGGGUAAUAAAUUUAAGCUCUUAUCUGAGCAUCAGGUCACUUCUUCUGGCGACAGGGACCGGCCCAGACGGGUAAAACCAAAGUGUGCUCCACCUCCACCACCAGUGAUGAGGCUCCUACAACAGCCAGCUGCCUGCUCAGAUGCAGCAGAAGAGCUGAGCAACAUGGCAGGAGCACAGCACGGACUGGAAUCAAAUGAAGGGAGUAAGAAGGCAGCAGCAGCAGCACCUGUUGGUGGAAAAUCUGGGAGGCCUGUGGUGCCUCCACCUCAAGUGCCUCUGUCAUCGUCUUCCACCUCCCCAGUGAAACUGGCCAAUGGCACGGCCGGCACAAAAGUAGCGCUGAGAAAGACCAAACAGGCAGCUGAGAAAAUCUCCGCAGACAAAAUCAGCAAGGAAGCACUGCUGGAGUGUGCGGAUCUUCUCUCGAGUGCCAUCGUCGAGCCAACGCCAAACAGCCAGCUGGUGGACACAGGGCACCAGCUGUUGGAUUACUGCUCAGGCUACGUGGACUGCAUCCCGCAUACGCGCAACAAAUUUGCCUUCCGGGAAGCCGUGAGCAAACUGGAACUCAGCCUGCAGGAGCUGCAGGUUUCUUCAGCAGCUGCUAGCGUCCCUGGGGCAAACCCCGUCCUUAAUAACUUAUUGUCAUGUGUCCAAGAAAUCAGCGAUGUGGUGCAAAGGUAGCUACUGUCAAUCUGGGUAAGAGAAAUACACAUGGGAAGGGGGGGACUUUUUUUCUGUACUGAUGCUUUCAAAAGGAAAGACUGAUACUUGAGUAUGUGAAGUACCUCAGAUCACUGAGUUCUCCUCACGUUUACAGGUUCAUCUCAAAAAAUGGGGAUGGAGAGGGUAGACUAAAGCUGUAAGGGGCAAAACAUCAUGUGUUUGUCCCUGCCUAGUCAGGCUGAUCUGCUUAGUAUGGCAAGGGAAGGAGACUUCUUGCUUCUCCCUUGGAGAGGCAGGAGUAUCAAUGGCAGGUUCUAGCUCUGGAAAGGAUGAAUUGAUCUGCGAUAGCUGGAGUACUGGAGUGGCUGCAGGCCACUUGGCUGUACAGAUCUUCCCCUGUCUGUGCCAAAGUAUGCUUUGGUCUCCUGACACGGCAAAAUACAGGCACUGGGGAUCUGUUGGUACCAAGUGCCGAGCAGUCUGAGCUGGAGUAGCCGUCAAGAGGGAGGUUACGUGCAGUUGGGAGAAAGGUCUAAUGCACUGACAGUAUUCAGAGCUGCUGGAGGUGGAUGCACUAGCCCAGAUGGCUUACUUCCACAGCACUGUUGCUGCUGUAAUGAGAACUGCAAAAUUAGUUAAUAUAUUAAACUAUCCCUUUUCCCUCCUGUCCACCUCAUCCACUACAUGUUCUCAUCUGCAUUGUAUCAAAAGCAUCAGGGAUACUGGGCAGACUUACCACUGGAAUACCCCCUUCCCCACCACACAGCCUUGACUCAGUUGAUACUUAUUUCUAGUGGUUUCGCACCAGUGCUGCUUGAUGGUCAUUUGUGAGUAGUUUGGGGCUCUUGCACAACUUGCCAGUUAUUGGGAUGGGUGGUUUUUGUUUGGUUUGUUUUUUUUAAGCUCUAGGUUGUUUCUAUCUUGUUACCAGGUUGACUCCCCAAUUAAGUUUCGUCACCUUGAGGACCCAUAGUAGGUAAGGCAGAGCUUCUGCUACCCCUAGCUGUUCUCCACAUUCCUUUAGUGGUCACAGCGCUGCAGAGACAGCUGGAGAGCCAGGAAGUACAGCCUGGCCUGCCCAUUACACACCUUUACUGCUGCAGGGUUCUCUAGAUCUGUCUCUUGUCUUGGCCUAAUGCUUUAUACUGAGGGCUUCCUGAGAUUUUCUGUAGUGCUUCCUCUUCUUGCAGACUUCCAGUUUCCUGGCAUCUGAAGGUGACUGUGUAUGGCAGUGCAGAGGAGAAUAACAGUCAUCUUUUUUAUUUCUUCCUGUAUUUUAAAGGCUAGAUCAGAAUUUUAUGCUGUGGCAAAGGGAACAUGCACAUAAACUGCACACUCCCCUGCUUGAGAUACGACAACAAAUGUUAUGGUUUUGCCUUGGAGUGCUCCCACUAGGUCAUGGUUUCUGAUGUCUGAUGCCUACUAGCAAUGAAUGCAGCUGUGUGGUUGAAGUUGUCUUUCUUGGUCCUAGUGCUAGCUGUAGACUGUUGUGGCAUCGAAGAGCUGGUCUUUUGCCUGUAUGCACAACUCCCUGAGAUGUAAAUGUACUGGCAAGUAGGGAGACCUCAACUAAUUUGAUUUGUGAGAAAUGGAAAACAGGCCUGAUAGCUGGCUCCAAAUACAUGUUACCUUGCAUGCUGCUGCUCACUUCACACUAUUGGUGAUGAUAGAGGAUCUCGCUUGCUUUGCACCUUAAAUCUUUUCUUUUUUUGCUAAAAUAAUUUUUUAACUUGUUUUUAAAGUGUGACUGUGCUGCUUGUAGUUUGAGCAUUUAGACUUGAGCUAGGGCGCAGGUGUGAAUUUACAAGAUGGGCACUUCCACUUCUGUCUAGGAUCAUUGACCUGUUGGUGCUUGGAAGCAGGUUGGGCUGCCUCGGUGAGCAUCCCUGUUUUUUCCAUGGAGCAUAGCAAGACAGGGGCCUGAACAAUCUUUAGAAAUAGUAUCUAAGAAUCUUCAUUUUAUCAUUAGUCUGUGGUAAAUGAAGUUGUGUCACAACACGUGAGUGCACCCCAGUGGAGCAGUAUGUGAGGCAAAAAAGACCACAUGAGCUUCACUGUUCAAGUAAGCGAAAUGGUGAGGGGAGAAGAAAAAGGCAACUCCUCCAGCCCAGCUGACAUUAAGGCAUUAAGUGACUGAACAUCUCAGUUUUACUCCAAUGACCUAAGUGGAGACAAAUCAACGUACAGCGUGGGUUAGUCAUCCUGACAUACAGUCAGUACCAAGCCUACCCAGCAAAACCUGCUGUCUAGUUCUGCAGUAGGACCUUUAGUAGGUUGAGAAGGGCUGCACCAGGACCUUUCACAGCAAUGCUCACCUGUGAGGCAGAGUACCAAACCAUUAUCGUGUAGACUUUACUGAGGGCUUUUGUGGUUUACCUUAUCUCUUCCAGUCAUCUUUACUGAAGGUGUGCAUUGCUGCACACCAAACUAAUUGUCUUUGGAAAGGUGACCUGCAAAGGGAAGGCAGCUUGUGAUAUUGCUACACAUGGCCUUUCAAACAAUCAAGAGGAUUUAACAGGUAUGGGAGCUUUCUUCGGGGCAGAAGGGCAAGUCUUGUUUGCCCUGGCAGACAAUUGCAUGGUUUCAUCAUUGUAUUACUACUCAGCCUAGGAUGAACAGACUGAAACUGAAGUGAUUCUCAGGGGAAAGAUAUUUUAACCAGAACAUUUUAAGGCUGUUAGUCCAGUUCUGAAUGAUAAAAUAGGAUACAAUUCCUGGAAUGUCUAGCUUCUACAACCGCUGUCAGCCCUUUCUGAAGAAACUGACUGUGCCCCAAGGAAGGACUGUUCCCCUCCACUGGUCAUCCUCACUCCCUUUCAGAUGCCACCCGGUUUCUUCUCCCCACAGCAGAGGUGAUGUGUGGUGGCACUGGGCAGUAGGCAGUAACACAGCUGAAGCAGCCUCUGCUUUUACAGUAACAGAGCAGCUGAGGCUGUAAGGAACCCCUGCCCAGGCUCCUGCUCCAGCAGGAGCCACCUGCCCAGGACCACAUCCUGACAGCUUUUGAGUAUCUCUAAGGAUGGAGACUCCAAAACCUCUGUGUGUCACAGAGCCCCAUUCAGUUCUGAUCCCUCCCGUGGUGGAAAAACUUGUUCUUACCUGUUGUCUUACAUCAGGUGGGUAGAUGGUGGCAGAGGUAGUGCUGACUUGACACUAGAGUUAUUUCCCCUAAAUAGGAGGCUGUAGAAUUGCUGCUUCUGCUGCCUAAUACUGUUUCAUUCCCAAACUGGAAUUUCCCCCCUGCCCUCUGGCAGGAUAUCAGAAGGAUGGUAUCUGGAAAGCUGGUUCUGCUGUAAGUUAUUGUUCAGUUGUUCUUCCUUCCACAGCCACUCACAUAACAUCGUUUAAGUUCCAUCUCGCUUUUGCUAGGUUUGGCUUUUGCCUUAAAGGUCUCCACAGUGGCAGCUUUGCUGCUGGUUUCAGCCAUGUACAGUACGUUCAAAGUAACGUAGGGAUGGUGAAGCCCUCGUAUUUGUGCCAGUGUAGAGCACUUCUUGCUCUACUGAUUAGGGUAGGGGACAAGGCAUAAACUGUUGUGUUUCCUUUCCUCACCACUGUCAGCAGGCCUUGUGGGGUAAGGAUGUUAUUGCAGCUGGGCUCUCUCACUUGCACUAGAACGGGCUAGAGUUUAGUCUUCUCUGCAACAGGGGAUGGCAGCACAUAGGGCCUGGUAAACACCAAGCACAAAGCAUGCGCUCACAUGAGUGAGUUGACGUGGGGCACUUUCUCUUUGUAGCUACUGUGGGGAAUUGGCCAACUCACAGGUGCAAUUCUCUUUUCUUCCUGCACUGUACACCCUUUUUAACCCCAGAAGUGGUGCACUUGGCUGUCUGACUGACAGCAACACUUCAGUAUAAUCAUUGUCUUUAGUGUGGACAGAGGUGAAGCUGAAUUAAGAGUCUGGGUCUUGGGACUGAAUCAAAUUUAGCCACUGGGAAGACAGAAUUGAGUGGAGCAGUGCUGCUGAUGCAGAGCACAGUGGGAGAGAGGAAGGCUGCCUGCUCCUGUCCUUCUCACACAGGACAUCUCUCCUGAGUACCACUGGCCUUGUGUCAGUGAGACAGUCACACACAUGUUGACAUCCCAUCAGGUGUGCUUAUGCAAGAGUUUUAUGGCACACUGCUCUCUGUGAGCAGUGGGAACUAAACCCCACAGCAUGGGACAGCAGCUGCACCAGAACUGCUGCAGUAACAGAGCAGCCUUCCUUGAAAGGCAGUGGGUGCAAGAGCAGGCAGGAUGGGCCAUGCUGGGCAGUCAUAGCAUAGGGAAAUCCAGACCCUGGAGCCUGUUCCAUUUAUCUAAGGCUUUCCCAGCAGCUGAAGCAUUCUGCAUAGUGCUUGUGGGUGUUCUUGGGCACCAGCAGCUGUGACAAGCACUAAUGAAUCCAGAAGACUGUUUCUGCAACAGAACAGGCUGCUGUGUUCUCUUGUAAAACACUGAGCUCCACUCCUAAUCAGUGGCUGGCAGGAGAACCCAAGGGUCAUGACAUGCAUGGUUGGAACCCUCCUGCUUCACCACGAGUGGCACCGUCUGGCUCAGGUGGGCUCCGGGGUUGUGCUCUGCUUGCCUGUAACGUAGAACAAACCUUCAGCCUCUUCCCUGGUGGUGGAAAAAGAGGUUAUGGGACACCUGACUUACUGACAAUAUCUACACAAUAAGAAAUGUCUGUACCAAAGGAGGUCAUUCUUCAACUGUGUCUGUUGUGCAUGGGAGGUAGAGCCCAGUGGGCUCCGCACGCUGUUUGUAUCAGUAGUGAACUCAUUGAGGGCAGGAAUGGGUUAAAAUGAAACACGUUAAUCACCGAUCACUCUACCAGUGUUGUCAACUGUUUUUUGUUUUUAUUGUUAUUGUAAUAUAUUUUGGUUGUUUUUCUAAUUUAAUUCUCUCACUAUCGUCUGACUGUGAACUGCGAACAGUGUUAAACUUGAUGUAAAUAAGGCCCUUUGAAGGGCCUCUUUGCCUGUCGUUCCACAAAGUUUUGCCAAUUUGCAUUUUGUUUUAAAUAAAGGUUGCGAUAUUUUAUUGGCAAAA